GAUGGUGAAAUUAUCCAGCGGCUGUUUGAUGAGCAGCAAACGAAAGCCACCUCUCCUCGGGUCGCCUCUGAAGUCGAGCUGACAGAAGCUGGUGGGGUUUUGUUUGAAAGACUUGAGCAGGGUGUGACCGCACUUCGUUUAAAUGUUACAUGCUGCACUGAAUAAACCAGCAAAGCUCACUAUGAACGCAGCCUGGAAUUUCUACGUCAACCCGUGUGGAUGACGCCGCCGCAACCGCUCGAAAAUAAACCGUCGCUAAGGCAAAAGUCAAUUUUUUAAAUUCUUGCGGCUUAAGAACCGGUCUGUUAGCCAUGUAGCUGGCUGCACAUGACCGGACUGGACUUCUCUGACUGAUGUCUAGGGUGUCAAAUCUUUUUUUAGUGUGUUGUACGUGUAACUGUAGAUGUAUAGCGUAGUUAUUUUAGCGUCGUCGUUGUGACUGUUUCUGGUUGCUAUGGCAUUUUUAAACGGUCCCAGACUGCUGGACUGGGCAAACUCUCCUCCACAUUUACAGUUCAACAGAUAUGUCCUGACUGGUUAUAGACCCAUUUCUUCCGUCCAGGAGUGUAUCAAGAGUCUCUUCUAUCUGCACAAUGAGCUGGGAAACAUCUACACACAUGGAAUCCCUCUGCUCUGCUUCCUAGUGCUGCUCCCGCUCAACAUCCCCUGGUCGCAGAUCACCGUGACGUGGCUCGGCGUGGUGCACUUCCUGGCCUGCUUGUCGCCGCAGCUGGGCUCAGUGGUCUACCACCUCUUCAUGAACCAUGAGGGCGGCGAGCCCGUCUAUAAAACCCUGCUCACGCUAGAUAUGUGCGGAAUCUGCAUGAUCAACACGCUAGGAGCUCUACCCAUCGUGUACAGUACUCUUCUCUGCUACCCCUUCACCCGCACAUUGGCUCUGCUGAUGUACAUCCUGCUAUCCAGUUACGCCAUCUACUGUGCCAUCACAGCACGCAGCAGAGUGCGGCGUCUGCGUUCCUUCGCCUGGCAGCUCCUUUACCGCUUCUCAUUUUUCCUCCUGCGCUCGGUAGGUGUGGGCGGAGGGAGUCCCACCUCACUGCGCCACUUUCUCACCAUGGAUGCACUAGCAGUGUUGGGCGGCGUCAUCAAUAUCACGCGAAUCCCUGAGCGGUUCCGCCCGGGCCUCUUUGACUACUGGUGCAACAGCCAUCAAAUCAUGCAUGUGCUGGUGGUAGUCUCCAUACUGUACCUACACUGGGGGGUGCUGGAUGACUUAUUGUGGAUCAACACCUAUCACUGUCCCACAGACUGACAGUGGCCCCUGCUAGUCUGGAAUUGUGGGUAAUAGGGCAAGGAUCUCUUUUAGUAAGGAGUCGUCUGGGAAUGUGACGUUAUUGGGAAAAGAACGGUAUGGGUUAGGGGGAGACUGCUGUGCUUUGUAUAUAAAUGUGUGCACGAAAGUCCUUAAGAAGUGUUUUACAUGUUUUUUAGGAGACACCAGUGCCAGCUUCGACACACAUGCUUGUUUGUGCUGUCAGUAGCCAGAAUGUACAUAUCUGUUUGCAUAAACAUUGUCUGUGCAUGGCACUGUUUAGACCUACUAGCUCAAACAAAGGCAAAUUUUGUUUUGGUUCGAGACCUACACAUUCUAUAGGGGUAUACACACACACAGGAUCUGACAUUUUUUGAUGUCAUAUAUUCACCAGCGUUUAAAGCAUUUAUUAAAUAGCCUCUAAGUUUAGUUUUAGCUGAACAAUAAAAGAUAACAUUGAGCCCUCAAAUGAUUGGCUCUCGAAAAGCGAGAUUUAACGUAUUACAAUCUAAAACUCGUUGCUCAAAAUAGCAUGGCUUUUGUGAAAACUAAUUACGGUUUGUCUCUAUUCUCAAUUUUGCUGGUGACACAAACAAAGAUCGCUGGUGUGGAAAUGUAUCCACCUCCAACUUUCAACUUGCUACUCUAUUGCAGACUAUGCAGCAUAUCAGAUGUUAUAUCAAUGCUAACACUACACACACACAAAAUGUACUGUAAGUCCAGUCUCACAGCAACAUUUACUGGAAAUACUUGAGUUUAUUUUAGCUGUUUUAUCAUGCUCGUGUCUUUUUUCAUGCCGUCUCCCUGUUCAGGUCAAUAAUUUUCACAUUCAUGCCACUUAGCUGUAAGUGAAGGGUGAAGGGGUCAUUCCUUGGGUUGUAGCCUUUAUUUAUUUAUUUAUUUAUUUAUUUAUUUAUAUAUAUUUUUGCUAGGUGAUUAAAUUUGCUGAGUGCUCUUUUUAAUUUUUGGAUUGCCCUCUGUGACUUUGAUCAUGUUUGUUAGCAUCUAAGGGGCAUUUAUUUAAUGCCGUCUUUUUGCAGAAGCA